AUUUGAUUUAAAUUAAAAAAGACAGAAGUUUUGUUAAAAAAAUUAACAAAAAUAUAAAACUAAUAUAAACGAAUAGUUGAAAGCUAAAUAUUAACAUAAUAAAACAGGUGAAUAGACUUGAUAAAAGUUAUAAAGAAAAAAAAAACUCGCAAAAAUUAAGACAGGCAGAGAAAAAAACGCUGACUUUGCAAACUUGUUUAGUUUAUUUGGCCAACAAACAAUUUAAAACUCUCUCUCUUUCUCCUGCUACCUUGAGUGCCACUAUGUCUUCAACUUCUACGACUAGUGGUGGUCCAUCAGCAACUAAUACGACAGCUUCAUCGACUGCUGCCACUGGUCUUGUGACCGCCAAUUCACCACCAGGCACUGCCAAUAAUAUGUCUGCUACCAAUAAUGCCACCACCACUACAACCAACACAAAUUCUACACCCAAUUCUGGACGCGGUCGCAAUGGUAAUAAUGCCACGGUAGGUGCUACCAAUAAUCCCGCCUCAUCGGGUUCAUCAACAAAUGCUUCCACUGGCUUAGGGGGUGCCGGCAUUGGCGGUGGUGGUGUUAGUGGUGGUUCCUCCUCGACUGCAGCGGCCACGACUAGCGAGGAAACGCGUAAAGAUCCCAAACCAAAUCCAAAAAUCUCAAAAGCUUUGGGUACUUCAGCCAAACGUAUACAAAAAGAACUGGCCGAAAUUACUCUAGAUCCACCGCCCAAUUGUAGUGCCGGUCCCAAGGGUGAUAAUCUAUAUGAAUGGGUUUCAACCAUUUUGGGACCACCUGGUUCUGUGUAUGAGGGUGGUGUUUUCUUUUUGGAUAUUCACUUUUCACCCGAGUAUCCUUUUAAACCUCCUAAAGUUACGUUCCGUACUCGUAUCUAUCAUUGUAACAUCAAUAGUCAAGGUGUUAUUUGUUUAGAUAUUCUUAAGGAUAAUUGGUCGCCAGCAUUGACCAUAUCAAAGGUAUUGCUGUCAAUUUGUUCCCUGCUGACUGAUUGUAAUCCUGCCGAUCCUUUGGUUGGUAGUAUUGCUACUCAAUAUUUACAAAAUCGCGAAGAGCAUGAUAGAAUCGCUAGACUAUGGACAAAAAGGUAUGCAACAUGAUUUCCCCAAACAUUAUCAUCUAACGAACGUUGUAGUUGUAAGAAGAACCUCAAAUAUUAUAACAACAUAAACUUAACACUUAUUACAUUAUAUAAAUGGAUAGAUAUGAACUACAACAUUAACAGCAACAACAAUUUAUUAUUAUAUAACAUUUAGAAUGAAAGAAAAACAAAACCAAGCAAACAAUUGAAAAACAAAACGAAUUAUUAUUGCAAAUAAAUUACUGCAAAACUAUAUAAUUAUUUAAUAAAGAUAAACAAAAUAAAAAGAAAAUAAACUUUAAUAAAAAUAAAACCGAAAA